GGGGGACACUGUCCACGAAAAAGCUCGGUAUUCACUUGGACCUGCUAUAAGUAUACCCAUCAGUCCACUUCUCUCCAUUUCUUCCCCAGCUGCGCUCACAUUCAUUUCACAAACACACCAGAAGCAAGUCUUCCUUUCACCCGCUUUCAGUUAAUUCGUAAUCCCAUCUCAACUAUCACAUACCAUUCAACGAACUCUCGACAAUAUUAGCGCAAGCAACAUCAAUCUUAUCACCAUGCAUUACUCAGCUCUCAUGGCUCUCUUGGCCGCCACUGCCGUUACUGCCGUCCCUUUGAACAUCAACCUGGGAGCAUACUCUCCUGCCUUGGUGGUCGGUGAUGGUGAAAUAUCAUUUGGCGGAGCAGAAUCUGCAGAAGCUCUAGUCAAUACUCUUGCCGGCGCCUCUGCCGGAACCGAAGCCGCCGCAGCCAACACAGGCGUCACUCGCGCCGGCACUGCAGAAGGCUCUACAAUCAUCACUCCUUCCGAAGCCGCAACAGAAGCUACCCCCACGAAGGAGAAGCGAGAUCUGCAGGGUUUUAACGCCGCUCUGAACUUCGCCACUGGUGCACUCAGCAAGGGCCCUACUGUCGAGUUGGGUACUGGUGAGGGUGGAUCUGGGGUUGGUAUCACUGUCAAGCCUGGAGCGGUGGCGAAGAGAGAGGAGGGAAGCUUGCCUACUGUUACGUUGCUUAAGAUCAGAUCGCUGGGAAAUAAUGCUGUUGCUCGCAAAGCACGCAGAGCAGAGAGUGUUGUUCCCAGAGAGGUCAGUGUCGACGAUAUUGAUAGCAUCAACUUGAACUUGGAUGGCGAUGUCGAAUUUACUAUUGCGGAGGUCAAGCCAUAGAGGGAAUGAUUUGAAGUUUGGGUUUUCAUAGUUGCUUGUUUAUAAUAUGGGUCAAUGCAAGCUAUAUAUCACACAAAACCCUAGAAUCCCUUAAUUUGUUUGCAUUAGUGACCGCUUUCUGCUCGAUCCUCCAACUUGAUGAUAUCGACAAGCUCAAAAGUUGAGACCU